AUGGAUCGAUCAUUGUUGGAAUCUAGGUAUCUGAAGCAAUUUAAAGAAGGGGACUUUCUUGGGGAAGGAGCGUAUGGUUAUGUUGUUAAAAGCCUGUACAAACUUGAUGGCAUGGAGUAUGCCAUCAAAAAGAUUCGCAUAAAGCAUUCUAUUAAGAAGGAGGAAACAGCACUUAGGGAGGUCCAGGUUAUGUGUCAGCUUCAACAUCCCAAUAUUAUCAGAUACCAUACGGCUUGGAUUGAGGAAAAAUGCGUUGGUCAGUAUAAUUUCUCGUACGACGAUGACGAUAGUGACAGUAACGCUGAUUCUGAUGAGUGUUCAAUCUUAUAUAAGGAUGAUGAUGGUAACAUUGAUGAGUUAAAUGUUGUUUCUGAUGAGUCUCCACUCUCAAAUAAGGAUGAUAAGUCUUCAUGGGCUGGUAGGAGUAAUUUCUCAGAAAAGGAUGAUAAGGGAGACAAUGAUGAGUCAGGUGCUGUUUCUGAUGAGUCUCCACUCUCAGAUGGGGAUGACGAGGGUGACAUUGAUGAGUUAGAGGCUGUUUCUGAUGAGUCUUCAUGUGCGGGUAGGAGUAAUUUCUCAGAUAAGGAUGAUGAGGGUGGCAUUGACGAGUUAGGUGCUGUUUCUGAUGAGUCUCCACACUCAGAUGAGGAUAAUGAGGGUAACAAUCAUAAGUUAGAUGCUGUUUCUGAUGAGUCUCGACUUCCAAUUAAGAAUCACACUGAUGUUUGCUUAUACAUUCAGAUGGAGUUAUGCCAGGAAGAGACUUUAAGAACCAAGUUGGACUCUGUUAAAUUGGAGAGAGAUGAAGCAUAUAAGAUCUUAAAGCAGAUAUUGUCAGCACUAUCUUAUCUACACAGCAAAAAUAUUGUGCAUGGAGAUCUUUCUCCAUCAAAUAUCUUUCUAGAUAUAGAUAACAAUGUUAAAUUGGCCGACUUUGGUCUGGCAAAGUUUAUCGGGGAAGAUGAUACCAUGAUGCCAGAUCGUGGAGCUCCACCAUACAGAUCUCCGGGACUCCCCUGCAAACCAAACCCGAAGCUGGACCUCUAUGCGGUGGGGAUCAUUUUUUUUGAGCUAUUACACUUCUUUACAUCUCCAGCAAAAGGUUCCGAAAGGUUGUUUGCCAUUGACGAUUUGAGAAAAAAGCAGGAGUUCCCACAGAAUUUUCCAGACUCUGAAAGGGAUCUUAUACUUCGAUUGAUGAAAGAAGAACCAUCAGAGAGACCUGAUUUGGAGGAAGUGAUAAAUGAAGUAGAGAUUUUGAGCUCAGCAGAGAUGAAGUAG